AUGAAGUUUUCCUUGUGGCUCAUGCGAUUUGCGGUAUGGCUGUCAUGCCUUGCGUUUGCGGCUGCAGCCGCUGCAGACCAGCAAUCGCUGCAGUACAAGAUCGUAAACCAAGGCACAAAAGCGUCGGCGAUGAUGCUGGGCCUGGCUGACGAAAAUACAGCCUUCAUCCUCGACAAGGUGGAGGGAAACGAGCCGGAUGGGCAGGACAGGCCGACGUGGGCCGAGCUUGUGAAUCUGACAGACUUUAGUUCGCGUUCGAUUCCGGCAAACUCGAACCCAUUUUGUGCGUCCGGCGCGACCCUUGCGAAUGGUUCGUGGAUCGUGCUGGGUGGCAACCAGGCCGUAGGAUACGGCGGCGCGGCCACACCCAACGGUGCCAUACCCUACCGAGAUAAUGACGGUCGUAAAGUUGUGCGUGUGAUGGAGCCGACCGAUGGCGACUCCACCAAACUGAGCUGGAUCGACGAGCCCAACAGCAAAACACAGAUGGACUCGCGUCGCUGGUAUCCCGGUAUCGAGACGCUUUCUGAUGGAUCGGUAGUCAUCAUUGGUGGCGCGACGAGCGGUGGCUUUGUCAACCGCAACUACCCCAAUGUCGACCCUGCCUACUCCACCACCAAUCCGAACCCUACGCCUGGCAUCUGGGACCAGGGCGGCUCGAAUCCCUCCUACGAAUUUUGGCCACCAACGGGAAAGCCCGGCCCCCAGCUUUCCAAGUUUAUGGUGAGUACAAGUGGACUGAACAUGUACCCUCACACAUACCUCAUGCCAUCUGGCAAACUGUUUAUGCAGGCAAAUUACAGCACAACUCUGUGGGACUAUAUGAAAAAUGUCGAAUAUCCUCUUCCCGAUAUGCCCGGCCGGAUUGUCCGCGUCUACCCCGCGUCCGGCGCGACGGCCAUGAAGCCAUUGACUCCUCGUAAUCAGUACACGCCCGACAUUCUGUUUUGUGGCGGCAUGUACCUGCACAACGAUGCUGACUGGGGCAACUUUGGAUCGCCUGGCGUGAACAUGUACAAGCAGAAGGCAGAUCCCAACUGCCACUCCAUUAUCCCCGAACCCAAAAGCAAAGACAAGCCGGAGUACAUCAGCGAAGGCCAACUUCCUGAAGGCCGAUCGAUGGGCCAGUUUAUUCACCUCCCGGACGGCACCAUGGUCAUUGUCAAUGGCGCCCGCAACGGCGUUGCGGGCUUUGGCAACACCACAUGGAACAAGGCGCUUGGGAGCGACGGCAAGACGAAUAUAUUUCUGGAAGGCUUUUCCCAGUUGCCGACCUACCGUCCCGUCUUGUACAACCCCGAAGCGCCGCCCAACAAGCGCCUUUCCACGAGCGGCAUUGGCAGCUCCAAGAUUCCCCGUCUGUACCACUCCUCUGCCAUCUUGAUUCCUGACGGCAGCGUGCUAGUCGCAGGAUCCAAUCCGCACAAUGACGUGACGCGCAACGGCACCGGCACCUUUAAGUCGUUGAACAAGAAGAACACGUACGAGGGGUUCAACACCGAGUACAAGCUCGAGACGUGGUACCCCGCGUACUUUUUUAAGCCGCGCCCCCAGCCGCAGCAAGUGCCGGAAGCGAUUACCUACGGCGGCCCCCCGUUCAACGUCACUGUCGACGGCGACUAUAUGAACAAAAAUGGCGAAGUGAAUAGCUUGGCAAACCGCACCAGGAUUUGGGUUAUUCGCCCUGGGUUCUCGACGCACGCGAUGAACAUGGGCCAGCGCUCGCUCGAGCUGGAGCGCUCGUAUGCCGUGCACGACGAUGCGAGCGUCACGUUUAUCAUCAAUCCGAUGCCCUCGAACAAGAACCUCUUUGUGCCGGGCCCAGCGCUCUUUUUUGUCACGGUCAACGGCGUGCCGAGCCACGGCAAGAGGGUCAUGCUUGGGAAGAAGGACCCAGGCCUGGUUCCUCUCGCAGACUCGGUGGGGCGCGGCAAAGGUUCUGCGCCAUUGCCCGCGCCUGCGCCGAACCCCAAGUUUGCCGCGACGAAAAAGGCUGCUGCGCCCGGGCCCGAGAACAAGGCGGACCUGUCUGGCGGCGCUAUUGCGGGCAUUGUGGUAGCGGUGGUGAUUGUCUUUAUCCUCCUGCUUGCUGGGCUUAUUUUUCUUGUGCGCCGCGCAAAUCGCGGCGCGGCGCUUGCUACGCAGAAGCCCAUACCCUCGACUGGCAUCGAAGGGGGGCUUGCUGCGCUGCCCGCUGCCGGUGCAUUGCCAUACGGCCGCUACGACCAGCGCAUGGAUGAGUCGCAAGCACACAUGCUCACCGGGAGCAACGACUCGCUUGCAAGCUUUGGCGGCCCCGAGCUUCUUUCCUCAGAUAACCCCGCGCCGGACUAUUUUGCAUCGAAGCACUCUGCGUACGACCAAGAUCCAUCGCUGGACAUGCUGCCGAGCCAGUACGGCAUGGGCCCGACAGAGUACUCUUCGUCGCCCCUGAAGACUACGGCGGCAGAUGCGAGUGGCCCGCCGAUCCGGACGUAUGCGGCGGGCUUUGAGGCGAUGCAGCUUCAGACCACGCCGCAGAAAGGCAAGGGUGCUGCCUACUUGGAGCCCGAGACGUAUCCGAUGACGCCCAUGGGCGUAACUUCGCACUCGGGCAUUGUGGGGCCGCGUGCUAUGCCUCGCCCAUGGUCGACGCAGUCGACGAAGCCGUCUGAUAUUGUGGAUGUGUACGGGCAAACAGACUGA